AUGACGUUCACCAGCACAAGUCAUUCUCAAAGCAGCACCUGGACAAACGCCGCCACGCUCAUCACUGUCGAGUACAGCGUCGAUGUGCCCAUUGCUGUAUCGGGUGAUUAUCCGGAUGCCCAUACCAUGAAGGAGUCCAUUGAUAGUGUAGAUUUCAGUUCGUUCGAAUCGCUGCUGCAGGCGAACAUUGGGGCGGCGGAUUCGCAUGCCGGCGACGGGGUGUACUCCGUUGGUGUGAUGGGCAUCACGACGAGUGUAACCAUCAUUGCAAGCACUAGUUCAACGUCACAAGUUAAUAUCACCCCCACUCUGACUAGCACAUCGGUUACCACCGACGCACUCUCCAGCACAAGCCUCGGCAAGGAGGUGUCUUCCACCCAAGUUGCGACGUCUGAGGCGGACACUGCGACAGCAACAGAGGAGGGCACGAUGGAGGUGAAGACCACUGGAGUCCCUACUGUGUCACCUGGCGAUGUGGUGACUACCACGGACGUGGAGACGUUUGAGGUGGACGUGGAGACCACUGGAGCCCCGACUGUGCUACCAGGCGAGGAUGGAGCCACCACCUACGCGAAGACCACUGAGGUGGUUGCCACAGCAACCGAGGCUCCGACGACGCCAGAGCCGGACACCACACAAGACCAAGACACUGCGCAGGAGUUCGGCACCACACAGGCGACGCAGACGCUCGAGUAUUGCACGUGGACGGCAACUGGAAUGGGCGUGUUCAACCAGGCUCUCGCCAAUCUGCUGGGGGAGCUUCAGGCGUACCUUUCUGGUACAUGGUCUGACCCAGACGAAGCCGUCGAGGGCAGUGAUGUAACCUGCGCCCAGCUAGGAUAUACCGACGGGUUCGGCGCAUCAUUUGAGGAUGCUGCAUCCUACGGACUCGUAGAUUGUCCAUCGCCACCAGAUUGCACUUCCGCGCCAUCUCCGACUCUGGUAACCACCACCGACGUGGAGACGUUUGAGGUUCCGUUGGACACCACAGGAGCCCCUGCUAAGUUUCCUGGCGAGGAGGCGACCACAACCGGUGUUGAGAACGUUGGAGUGACUACUGCGACAACGUUCGAGGAUGGCACCACGGAGGUGGAGACGACUGGACCCCUCACUGCCUUCCCCACUGAGGAUGCGACUUCCACGGACGAAGAGGCCACUGCGACAGUUGCCGAUGACCUCGGAAACACCCUCGCGCAGCAGAGGCUAGUCGGAUUGAUUGAACUCUCUUUUGAAGACCCCCAGGCCGUAUUGACUGGUCCGCACUCAGACAAGGUGCUGGAUGCCGUCAGUCAUACAGUCGCUGGUGUUGUUGGGACACCUGCGAGCUACGUCUCUGCCUGGUUCGCGGAUGCUCGGAGAUUUGGGGCCGUGCUCCGCAGACUCUCCAGCGGUUCCCUUACGGUGGGGCACAGCGUCGACGUACCCACUCAUGCUUCGGAGGAUUACGAUGAUGCGGCCACUAUGAAGGCGUCCCUGGACACAGUGAACGUCAGCUCGUUCGAGUCGCAGCUGCAGGUACACAUUGGUUCGGCGGAUUCGCAUGUCGGCCACGGGGUAUACUCUGUUGGUGUGGUGGGCAUCGCGACGAGGGUUACCACCAUGGCAAGUACUACUUCAGCAUCACAGGCUACCAUCACCCGCACGCUGACAAGCACUUCAGCAGCUACCGUCGCACUCGCCAGCACAAGCCUUGGCGAGGAGGUCACCACCACCGACAAACAGACAUCUGAGGUUGCCACUGCGACAGCACUCGAGGUAUUCACCAUGGGGAUGGAAACCACUGGGGCCCCUACUGUGCUAUUCGGCGAGGUUGUGACCACCACCGACGUGGCGACUCCGGAGGUGGCCACUGCGACAACAACCGAGGAGUCGAAGACCACGGGAGCCCUUACUGUUUUGCCCAGCGAAAUGGUGACCACCACAAAUGUGGAGAUUCUUGAGGUAGCCAGUGCGACAACAACCGAGGAGGGCACCAUAGAGGCGAAGACCACUGGAGCUCUCAUUGUGUCACCUGGCGAGGAGGUGACCACCACCGACGUGGUGAUAUCUGAGGUGGCCACUGCGACAGCAACCGAGGGGGACACCAUAGAGGUGAAGACAACUGGAGCUCCGACGGUGCUACCCGGCGAGACGGUGACCACCACCGACGGUGUGAUGUCUGCAGCGUCAACCGAGGAGGGUUCCAUGGAGGUGAAGACCACUGGGGCCUCUACUAUGUUUCCCGAAGAGGUGGUGACAACUACCGACGUGGAGACCUUUGAGGUGGAGGUGGAAACCACUGGAGCCCCCAUUGCUUCACCUGGCGAGGAUGUGACCACCACCGACGUGGUGAUGUUUGCAGUGUCCACUGCGACAGCAACCGAGGAGGGUUUCAUGGAGGUGACGACCACAGGGGCCCCAACUAUGUUUCCCGAAGAGGUGGUGACAACCACCGACGUGGAGAUCUUGGAGGUGGAGGUGGAAGCCACUGGAGCUCCCACUGCGUCACCUGGCGAGGAUGUGACCACCACUGACGAGGGAACGCUUGAGGUGGCCACUUCGACAGUGACCGAGGAGGGCUCCAUGGAGGUGAAGACCACUGGGGCCCCUACUAUGUUACCAGAAGAGGUGGUGACAACCACCGACGUGGAGACCUUGGAGGUGGAGGUGGAAGCCACUGGAGCCCCCACUGCGUCACCUGGCGAGGAUGUGACCACCACCGACGCCGAAACGUUUGAGCAGGCCACUGCGACAGUAACCGACGAGGGCUACAUGGAGGUGAAGACCACUGGGGCCCCUACUAUGUUACCCGAAGAGGUGGUGAGAACCACCGACGUGGAGACCUUUGAGGUGGAGGUGGAAACCACUGGAGCCCCCACUGCAACACCUGGCGAGGAUGUGACCACCACCGACGUGGGAACGUUUGAGGUGUCCACUGCGACAGUGACCGAGGAGGGCUCCAUUGAGGUGACGACCACUGAAGCUCUCACCGUGUCACCUGGCGAGGAGGUGACCACCACCGACGUGGUGAUGUCUAAAGUGGCCACUGCGACAGCAACCGAGAUGGGCACCAUAGAGUUGAAGACCACUGGAGCCCCUAAUGUGCUACCCGGCGAGAAUGUGACAACUACCGACGUGGUGAUGUUUGCAGUGUCCACUGCGACAGCAACCGAGGAGGGUUUCAUGGAGGUGACGACCACAGGGGCCCCCACUAUGUUUCCCGAAGAGGUGGUGAGAACCACAGACGUGGAGACCUUCGAGAUGGAGGUGGAAACCACUGGAUUCCCCACUGCGUCACCUGGCGAUGAUGUAACCACCACCGACGCCGAAACGUUUGAGCAGGCCACUGCGACAGCAACCGAGGAGGGUUCCACGGAUGUGAUGACCACUGGGGCCCCCACUAUGUUUCCCGAAGAGGUGGUGACAACCACCGACGUGGAGACCUUGGAGGCGGAGGUGGAAACCACUGGAGCCCCCACUGCGUCUUCUGGCGAGGAUGUGACCACCACCGACGCGGGAACGUUUGAGAUGGCCACUGCGACAGCAACCGAGGAGGGCACCAUAGAGGUGAAGACCACUGGGGCCCCCACUAUGUUUCCCGAAGAGGUGGUGAGAACAACCGACGUGGAGACCUUUGAGGUGGAGGUGGAAACCACUGCAGCCCCCACUACAGGUAGCUGGGCGUUGACAACUCUGACAUUGACGACGACUUUAACGUCGGCCACAAUGACGGCGACCACCAUCACGUCGACUCAAACAAAGACAAGUAGCUGGUCGUCGGUAAGUCUCACAUCGGCAACGACUUCGACCACCAUGACAAGCACAACCACACCUAUGUGGGUUGUGAGUAGCACCAUGGGGUUCAGAAGCACAGGGACCGCGGAGCAGGUGAAGGCCCUGGUGAGGUCUUACUUCAUUGCCAAGUUCAAAGUCGAGGAAGACAAGUUAAUGGUAAUUGUUUCAAGAGACCUUGGACGAUCAGCUCGGCGGCUCUCCACCUCGUCAUCGGCAUGGGUGGUGGACUUCGAGUUAAGCGCGCCUCAGCAGGCUGCCGAAGAGAUCUUCCAGACAGCGGAGAGCAUGAGUGCCAACCCCAUUGACACAGCAGCGGCACUGCAAUCAGCAUUCGGAUCGGAAGGACUUGAAAUGGAUGAGACCUCGUUGGUCGUCACAGAGCCACUACAGAGGAUUGUUACCGUCACCAUGACUACGCAGAGCGCGACGUCUGCGAGAGAAACAACCACCAGCAGAACGUUUGAGUUGGCCACUGCGACAGUAACCGAGGAGGGCUCCAUGGAGGUGACGACCACUGGGGACCCUACUAUGUUACCAGAAGAGGUGGUGAGAACAACCGACGUGGAGACCUUCGAGGUGGAGGUGGAAACCACUGGAGCCCCCACUGCGUCUUCUGGCGAGGAGGUGACCACCACCGACGUGGUGAUGUUUGCAGUGUCCACUGCGACGGCAACCGAGGAGGGUUUCAUGGGGGUGACGACCACUGGGGCCCCCACUAUGUUUCCCGAAGAGGUGGUGACAACCACCGACGUGGAGACCUUUGAGGCGGAGGUGGAAACCACUGGAGCCCCCACUGCGUCUUCUGGCGAGGAUGUGACCACCACCGACGCGGGAACGUUUGAGAUGGCCACUGCGACAGCAACCGAGGAGGGCACCAUAGAGGUGAAGACCACUGGGGCCCCCACUAUGUUUCCCGAAGAGGUGGUGACAACCACCGACGUGGAGACCUUGGAGGCGGAGGCGAAAACCACUGGAGCCCCCACUGCGUCUCCUGGCGAGGAUGUGACCACCACCGACGCGGGAACGUUUGAGAUGGCCACUGCGACGGCAACCGAGGAGGGCACCAUAGAGGUGAAGACCACUGGGGCCCCCACUAUGUUACCAGAAGAGGUGGUGAGAACAACCGACGUGGAGACCUUUGAGGUGGAGGUGGAAACCACUGGAGCCCUCACUGCGUCUCCUGGCGAUGAUGUGACCACCACCGACGCGGGAACGUUUGAGGUGGCCACUGCGACAGCAACCGAGGAGGGCACCAUAGAGGUGACGACCCCUGGGGCCCCUACUAUGUUACCCGAAGAGGUGGUGACAACCAACGGCGUUGAAACCUUGGAGGAAGAGGUGGAAACCACUGCAGUCCCCACUACAGGUAGCUUGACGUUGACAACUCUGACAUUGACGACGACUUUAACGUCGGUCACAAUGACAGCAACCACCAUCACGUCGACUCAAACAAAGACAAGUACCUGGUCGUCGGUAAGUCUCACAUCGGCAACGACUUCGACCACCAUGACAAGCACAACCACGCCUAUGUGGGUUGUGAGUAGCACCAUGGGGUUCAGAAGCACAGGGACCGCGGAGCAGGUGAAGGCCCUGGUGAGGUCUUACUUCAUUGCCAAGUUCAAAGUAGAGGAGGACAAGUUAGUGGUAAUCGUUUCAAGAGAACUUGGACGACCAGCUCGGCGGCUCUCCACCUCGUCAUCGGCAUGGGUGGUGGACUUCGAGUUAAGCGCGCCUCAGCAGGCUGCCGAAGAGAUCUUCCAGACAACGGAGAACAUGAGUGCCAACCCCGUUGACACAGCAGCGGCACUGCAAUCAGCAUUCGGAUCGGAAGGACUUGAAGUGGAUGAGACCUCGUUGAUCGUCACAGAGCCACUAAAGAGGAUUGUUACCGUCACCAUGACUACGCAGAGCGCGACGUCUGCGACAGACACAACCACCAGCAGAACAUUUGAGUUGGCCACUGCGACAGUAACCGAGGAGGGCUCCAUGGAGGUGACGACCACUAGGGACCCUACUCAGUUACCAGAAGAGGUGGUGACAACCACCAACGUGGAGACCUUGGAGGUGGUGGUGACAACCACUGGAGCCACUGCGACAGUAUCCGAGGAGGACCCCAUGGAGGUGGCCACGCAGAGCGCGACGUCUGUGACAGAGACAUCCACCAGCAGAACGAUCACAGGAGCCCCCGCCGACCCGACGUCAACGAGCACAGGUGCGGGCGCGACGGCGGCGCCGCCGACGACCACGUCGACGGCGCCGACGGCGACGGUCGCCACCGCCGACCCGACGUCAACGAGCGCAGGUGCGGGCGCGACGGCGGCGCCGCCGACGACCACGUCGACGGCGCCGACGGCGACGGUCGCCAUGAUCGCCGGGUCCGUGCAGCUCCUCCUGGGAGACCCAGGCGCAGCGCGGACCGGCCCGCACUCCGAGGGCUUCCUGGCCGCGGUGCGCCACACGGUCGCCCUGGUGGCCGCGGUGCCCGCGAGCCUGGCCGCCGCGUGGUGGGCAGAGGACGCCCGGAGGCUCGGGUCCGGCCCGCGCAGGCUUUCAAGCGGCGCCCUCACCGUGGAGUACAGCGUCGACGUGCCCGCAGAUGCCUUGGCCUACCUUCCCGAUGCAGCCGCUAUGAAAUAUUCCCUAGACAAUAUCGACCUCGGCUCAUUCACGUCGCUGCUGCAGGCAAACGUCGAUGCGCAGGUCGGCGAGGGCGUGUACUCUGUUGGUGUGGCGCGCGUCACGGCGAACGUCGUUGGCGCUCUGGCAGCAGCAGCACCUGCGCCACGGGAGAACAGUAACGUUGGCCUGGUCACUGCGAUGGUGUCCAUGCUGGUGUGCUGCCUCUGCAUGACCCCGCUCUGCCUCUGCAGCUGCCUCUCCGUGCUCCGGCGCCGCCUCCGCCUCGCCGCCCAGAGCUCGCCGGACUUCCACUCGCUGAUCCCCGAGCUGGUCCGCCAGUGCAUCCUGGCUCCACCGAAGCCAGCCAAUCGGAAUCGGCAAGACGGCGCCUCCACGGGCCUGCGCGACGCCGGCGCCGCCACAGGA